AUGUCCGCCGUCCGUCCUACCUUGAUCGUACUGCUGUUGGCUCUGCUGGCCGUCGAGAUUCCGGCCCUGGUUGUCCAGCCGGAAGAUGAAAUCAUCAGUCCCACUCCGGUUCUACGCCAGGCUCGCCAGCAAUCCACCCUCACCCUCACCAUCCUCAAAACGACGACCAUUUCUUCCGUUCUGACGACCACCAUCACGACCAAGAAAACCUGCGGCAUUUUGGCAUCGGUUUCUGAAGGAUCGGUCAAUCCGGGCGGAAUUACAACAUUUACCACAGCACCAGCUGCGGUUUGCAGGAGAAAACGUCAAAUUUGGGAUCAACCGGUUUUUGUCGCCCUGAAAAAUGAAGAUCCCAACUUGCAAUAUUACCGACUCACUCCUAGCCAAGUUUUGAGUUUCGAGCCGACCGCAUUGCCUCAAUUCCGCAAUUCCGCUAAUAACAAGAUCCCGGGUAACAUGAAAUAUUUGAUCAAGGAUUUGCCGGAGGCUAUCGAGCCAUCGUUCGACAGAGCGGGGUCUGGCCUCCGCGUCAGCGCUAAGCUGUUUGGCGGCGGAAUUAACAGCCUCAUCUCAUCCAUCGUGUCCAACAUUUUGGUGUCUACAACUACCACGACGACGUUCGUUACCGUUUACACCUCCACGUCGGCCACCACGACCUACACCGGCACAGCCAGCUUCUACGUCGUCGGAGCUUGUUAUCCGGCCGGAUUGACCACUUGUUAGAAAUGAAAACAGCGAACACAAAUCACCAUUCUUAACGGUUAUUAUUUACAUAAUUAAAAUGUCUUUUACCGUGUUGCAAGAUAACUAUUUAUCGGGAUAGCUUGUUUUAGAAUAAUGCUUUUGUAUUACUGUUAUUAGUUUUAUUUAAUUGCAUGUAUUUCAAACGUAAUACAAGAAUUCCAGCACUA